UUUCGAAUGACGCCGUUUGCCAAAUACAAUUCGAGUUGUUCGAACUAUUAACAUCAUCGAGAGUAUCGAAUAAAUGCUCCGCUAGUGAUUAUCUUGUAAAAUUAAGUCACAUCCCAUAAAGUGCAUUAAAAUGAAAUCGAUCAUAGUAGUUAUAUCACUACUUGCAAACGUACUUGCUUACCACGACCCCGAUCUCAAUUAUCACCUUAGUCAGGUACAGAAAGGACAAGGAUGCGGCGACUCGGGUUACUCGUACCCCGUGCCUACCACACAGCUGACAACCGGAGUCGCCUCUAAUCAGUAUGGAGGCGUCGCGUACCAACAGCAAGCGAUACAAGCGACUGCAUACCAAGCUCCAUUAGUGACUCAAGCGAACUAUAUACAAACUGCCAAUCAAAAUGAAUUUCAUGGCUAUGCCACCUCCGCUGGAUUGUCUUCGGCUGCAUCGUCUGGCAGGACAGUGACGCCAUCAGCAACUUAUGCGCAAGCCCCAAUCAUAGCUAAAGUUACUGCUGCGCCGUUAAUUGCCAAAUACUCUCUGUCACCACCCAGAACCACAUAUGUAUCUAACAAUUUACUUACGCAGCAAUCAAUAUCUUUGGGUUCUGCGAAAGCAUCUCUAAACUCUUACAGUGUCCAAUCUGGUGGUCCAGUUGUGUCUCAAGUAUUCGCCGCACCAACUGUUGGAUAUAAAACAUCUUCAGCGAUUCAAGUUCAACAAACUCCCCAAAUUGCAUACGCUACUGCAGCACCUGCAGUCAUAAAUCAAUAUCAACAAGCAGGACCUAUUUAUCGAGCCCCAGCUAUUGCGACAUCUCAAUACAUCGCACCAACUGUUGAGGAAUAUCACGCCCGAUCUGGUGGACAAUACAAUUCUCAAUCGAACGCAGCCUCUAUCGGAUAUUCAGCAUCCAAAGUUUCUCAGUCUGCACCAAGUGUUGUUACUCAAUAUUCUGCUCCGGCAGUAACUCAAUACUCGGCUCCAGCGGUUGCGCAAUACUCAGCUCCAGCGGUUGCGCAAUACUCAGCUCCAGCAGUAGCUCAAUACUCAGCUCCAGCAGCAGCUCAAUACUCAGCUCCAGCAGUAGCUCAAUACUCAGCUCCAGCAGUAGCUCAAUACUCAGCUCCAGCGGUUGCGCAAUACUCAGCGCCAGCAGUAGCUCAAUACUCAGCUCGAGCAGUAGCUCAAUACUCAGCUCCAGCAGUAGCUCAAUAUUCAGCACCUGCAGUUGCGAUACAACACUCAGCUCCAGCAGUAGCACAAUAUUCAGUGCCAGCUGUUAGUGUUCAGCACGCGGCACCAUUAGUGCAGUACUCUGCACCUGCGGUAUCAGUCCAGCGUUCACCAUCAGUAGUUCAGUACUCGGCACCGGCAGCAGCAGUGCAGCAUUCUGCAACAGUCUCGCAGUACUCCACACAAGCAGCUUUAAGAGGACACGCGUCUCUGGGAGUUAAGAACGUGCACACGGAAUUCUUGGAAAAUUACGAUGCUCAUCCGCGAUAUGCCUUCGAAUACGGUGUAAACGACCCCCACACUGGCGAUAUUAAGCAACAAAAGGAAGAGCGCGACGGCGAUGUUGUAAGAGGUCAAUAUUCUCUGGUGGAACCGGACGGCUCGGUGCGCACGGUGAACUACGUCGCCGACUGGGAGACCGGUUUCCAUGCCAACGUACACAAUAGCAAAGACAAACACUAAAUUGUACC